UUUCAAACAAGCCUGAAUGACUCCGGUGUUAUUCCAACUCAACCGUGGAGGGAUUUGGUUGGGUUAUCGAUCCUUGAUGAGCCGGUAAAAAAAAAAGGAGAAUGGGAGUCGAUUUAUGAGAAGACGGGCCGUUGGGGGUCGAGGAACAACACUCAACCCGAUCACAGACCGCAGCUCUCGCCGUUGACGUGGGAUGUCUUUUCUCGGGCCGAGGGUCGAACUGGAUGUUGUACUCGUCCACGGAACUUCGUCGACUGAGGAAUGGACUGUGGCUGCCGAUGUCCCAAGCGGUAUGGCCCAUGCUGCUGCUGCUGACGCCGGAGCGGGGCUGACCACCCUCAACACAGCGUUUCUUGCCACCGCCAACAACGCGACGGGCUACGCGCCCUACGCACCCCCGUACCCGCCGUGGGCCAGCAUCUUGAUCGCCCUGCUCAUCGGCAUCAUCAUCAUCCUGACCCUCUUCGGGAACAUCCUGGUAGUCCUCUCUGUCUGCUUGGACCGCCGGCUUCGCAAGCCACCCAACAUCCUCAUCAUCAACUUGGCCGUCUCCGACAUGGCCGUGGCCGUCGUGGACAUGCCGUUCGCGGCGGCGUUCGAGCUCAAGGGGGAGUGGGUGUGGGGGCCCGCCGUCUGUGACCUGUGGAUUUCGUGUGACGUGCUGGUCUGCACCGCGUCGAUCAUGACCCUCUGCAUGAUUAGCGUGGACCGCUAUCUAGCCAUAACCAGGCCCAUGAUGUACGUGAAUAAGCGCACCCCACGCCUCAUGGGAGUCUUCAUUCUGAUCGUGUGGAUCGUCAGCGCCUUCAUCGGACUUCAGCCGCUGUUCCUGUGGGGAGGCAACGAACAUGAAAAUAACACCUGCCUGGUCUCCCAGGACCCUUAUUUCACCGUUGUGUCGACCUUUGGAGCAUUUUACCUUCCCCUGACAGUUAUGUUGUUGGUCUACGCUCAGAUCUACCGGGCAGCCCGGAAGAGCGAACUGGCCGAUCUCAGACACAGGCACCGCACCGCUAUGUUCAAACUCGAGGCACAGAACCCCGACUCGGGCACCACCAACACUAGUCACCGGAGUCACUCUGUCGAUUCUGCUGCCGCACAUUCCUCGAGCUCGUGUGAAGAUAACCCCGCCAACGUGCCUAGGUCGGUAGAGAGGAGACCGUCGGCCACCAGGGUGGCGGAAUACCUCUUGGCGCGGGCGAGGCUCUCGGCGGGAUCUGUCAAGCCCAGCCCGAGGCGCAUUUCGCUGAAACGCGAGCGCAAGGCAGCCAAGACGCUGGGCGUCAUCGUGGGCGCCUUCAUCUUCUGCUGGCUGCCCUUCUUCAUCCUGGCCCUUGUGCGGCCCUACUGCAACUGCGAGAUUCCCCCGCUCCUCAACUCGUUCCUGCUCUGGCUGGGUUUUAUCAACUCCCUUCUCAACCCCAUCAUCUACCCGUUCUUCAACAAGGACUUCGGCCCCACCUACCGCAGGAUGCUGAGCUGCCGCUGUCUCCGCUUCCGGAGGACCUCUGGUGGGAGCUUCUACCGGCGCCAGGUGACCUCCAUCCAGGUGACCUUCCCCAUCAACGGACACCACGACGAGGAGGAGGACAGCUCGGAAGACGAAGAGUAUUCCACCAGUCGGCACCAGGGUAGGGUGCAGUUUACCCCCCUGUCGGAACCCAGGAUAAUGGAGACGGAAAUAAACGGAUGUUUGGAGAGGAAAUUAGGCGAGGGCCGGCCGCAACGAGUUUAAAAGCCCACAGGAUCAGAUUUUAAGACGUGGAUUUGUGGCGAGAAGGCAGGGCACACAACUCCUAUGCCUUUAGCAGUGUUUAAUCCCCUGAAAGUUGACCGUGUAAAAUAAGCCUUUUUGACUAAAUUUUUGUUUCUUUUGUGAUGAAUGCCCCACAAAUUUGCUACUUUUCCCUGCUUGAUUUGGGGCAUGAAGCUGUUGUAUGAUGGGGUUAUAGCAAAUGUUCAGUGACACACAGUGCCGAAACUUUAUUUAUGUGAAAGACUGUCACUCUCAGUGAAACAUACGCUAAAGACUGAGCUAAAAGCGUGACCUGUGACCUGUCGUACUAUACACAUAAAUAUGAAUGUUGUGGUCUUCGCACACAUCCCAAAAAGUUGAUUUGCACUUUCACACCGCCUUCUCAA